AUGGAGCCCUCCGCCAUCCAUGGCCGGGAUGUGGUGGGAAAUAUGGUGGCCCCUUCCAUCCCCUACAGCACCCUGAUGGGAUUCAUCUGGUCCGGCACAUGCCUGUCGCUCGUCACCAUCCUUCUUCGUCUUGCUUUCCGCAUCAAACUCCUCCGUCGCCUCCGACUGGACGACUACCUCGUCAUCGCCUCCUUCGUUUUCUACCUAGGCUCGACAAUUCUCUGGGCCGUCCUAGCACGCACUCUCUAUGUCGUCGCCCAGGGUUGGAACACGACCCCUACCGACCCAGCCGCCAUCGUCGAGCUCUUCAACAACGCCGGUACCCUUCUCCAUGCCAUCCUCGCAACCUACUGGCUCACCUGGACCUCGCUAUGGCUGGUCAAGAUUGCCUUUAUGGUAUUCUUCUACCCUCUGGGCAGACACGCCCCUCUCCAGCGCUACCUCUGGUGGACGGUACUUGUCUGCAUCGUGGCGGCCUACUGCGUGACGGUCGGGCUGACGACAGAUGACUGUCUAACAGCCAGUGGUCUCGACAUUGCACAAAAGUGCAUCGGCGAAGCAAAGUUUAACCGGCAGUACUUUACCUCUCGCGUCCACUUGGCAACGGAUAUCUCGACAGACCUCCUCAGUCAGUUCCAUGUCCCGCCGUUUUGCCAGACAGUCAACUGA